AUGGCUGCAAACAGAUCAAGGCUCGCCUAGGGUUCGGGUCUUUGGGGGCGAACGGCCGGUGGCCGGCGAGCGGUGGCCGGCGGCGUCUCCGCGUCUGUGGAGGGCAUGGCCGCACGGAGCCCGGAGCUGCGGAGCAAGGGAGCAGGGCGACCGCCGCGGCAUCAAGAACCCUUCUCCCUCAGCCCCACAUGACGGCGGGGCGGACGUCGCCGAGCCACAGGAAGAGGCGAGCGCGCGGCCGAGCAGCCGGAGGAGGGGCGAGCGGAGGGUGGCCAGGCAGGCGGCGAAGAAGUCCACGACGAGGACAUGGUCGUCAAGGCCCAGAUCUGGGACACCGCUCGUCAGGAAAGAUUGCUCGCUGUACAAAAUUGCACUAAUCUUAGUAUUGGUAUUAUCAUUUCAGCUUACAAUGGGAACAAUGCCCUCACCAUCUCAACUAAAGAUGUUGGGGUCUCCUCAGACGGCCCACCAUCUAUCAACAAGAAUCUACAAGAAGCUUCGAGAAGCUCUCCACUGAAGAGGCCCAAAGAAACAAGUAAAAAGAGGCAACCUACAGCAAAGCGGGCAAAACCUUCUUCUGCUAGAAAUCAACAAGAAUCUCCUACAAGCUCUACACUAAAGAGGCCCACAGAAACAAGUAAAAAGAAGAAGUUAGCAACAAAGCGGUUCAAGCCUCCAAUGGCGGAGAAGAUACUAAGUGUUGAUAGGUCUCCCUUGAAGGUCUCCCCUGGUUAGGAGUCCACAGUUGAGGUUGGUUGUGUCCCCUGAGGUGAUAGCACAUAGUCCGAGAAGUUCUCCACCAUCUCCACCACUACUUGUAGAGAGUUCCCCAUCCCCUUCUACAUUACCUGGCUCCUCUUCAGUACAGACUAAACUACGGAGGCUGAAAUCAGAAAUUUGGAGUGAUAUGGACCCUAUCUAUCAUGGUAGGAAACUUAUUCAAGCCCGCUACAAGCACUAAAAUGAGGUAUUUGCUGCUGCACGAAAUUCAGGAAAUAGUCACAUCCGUAGGCAUUUACGUUUGUGUGAACCAAGGCUUAGAGUGCAUAAUAUGGUUGAGAGUUUGCAGUCAUCAGCAUUUUCAACAGAGGCAGCUACUCUAGCAAAUUGGAAAUUUGAUCGUAAAAUCACUCAUUGUGAACUCGUUAGAUUGAUAGUGCAACAUGAACUAUCAUUCUCAUUUGUGGAAUAUGAAGGCUUUCAUAGUUACUCGCUCAGUUUUAACCCACUUGCUGAAUCAGUUUCCAGGACAACCAUAAAAGAGAAUUGCAUGGAGGCUUUUCAGAAUCAUAAGUCAUCACUAAAAGAUUUUUUUGGAAGUUGGAACUCUAGAUUCUCAUUAGCAGCUUAUUUAUGGACAUCUAAUCAAAAUACUGGAUAUUUGGUAAUCACAUGUCAUUACAUUGAUGAAGAUUGGAAAGUUCAAAAGAGAAUCAUUAAAUUUUCUGUGGUCAAAACACCACAUGACGGGUUCAAUCUUUAUAGUGUAAUGCUAAAAACCAUUCGGUAUUAUAAUAUUGAGGGCAAACUUUUUAGCAUUACACUGGAUAAUGUGAGUGCUAACAAAUCGAUGAUGGAUUUGUUACAAGAAAAUUUGUUAGUAAAGUCUAUGCUGCAUUGCAAUGGAGAUCUAUUUCAUGUCCGUUGUGCAGCUCAUGUCCUUAAUCUUAUUGUAAAAGAUGGUUUGGAAGUGAUUGAUGGAGUAAUCAAUGAUAUAAGAGAAAGCGUGAAGUACAUUAGGGGUUCCACAUCUAGAAAGGAGAAAUUUGAUGAGAUAAUAGUAGAGGUGGGCAUAGAUUGUGGGAGUCAUCCUACAUUGGAUGUGCCAACAUAUUGGAACUCUACUUGUGAUAUGUUGGAGUCAGCUUUGCCAUUUAGAGAAGCUUUUUAUGAGUUAGAUAGGCAAGACCCCAACUACAUAUACUCCCCAUCACUUGAAGAAUGGCAAAAGGCUAAAGUGGUCUGCAAUUUGUUAAAGGUAUUCAAGAAAGCAACUAAUGUUGUUUUCGGUUCAAAAUACCCCACCUCUAAUCUUUAUUUUCAUGAAAUGUGGAGUGUGAAAGAAGUAUUGGACAAGGAAUCAUCAAGUCAAAACCCAAUUAUUGCAUCUAUAGUGAAAGAAAUGAAGACGAAGUUUGAGAAAUAUUGGAAAAUAUCAUACUUAUCAAAUUGCAUACCAGUUCUACUUGAUCCUCGAUUCAAGUUUGGAUUUGUUGAGUUUCGCUUAAACAAGGCUUUUGGAGACACAACCAGUGUUGAUAAAGUAGAUAAAGCUAUGAGAAGUUUGUACAACGGAUACUUAUCUGAAAUGGGAGAGUCCUUUAAUUGUUCUGCUCAAGGAGUUGAGAUGCAAGUUCAGAAAAAGUUCACUCGUGGUCCGACUGGAGUCAACACAUGAGUUAUUGGAAUAACCAAAUCACUGGAGAACUUGAUAGAUAUUAUCGUGAUGAUUUAUUCCCGUGUGAUGAUGAUAGCUUUGACAUUUUGCACUGGUGGAAGAUGCAUGCUCCAAAAUAUCCAAUUCUAGCUUGUAUGGCCCGUGAUGUAUUGUCUGUUACAGCAUCUACUGUUGCAGCCGAGUCUGCAUUCAGUACAGGUAGACGAAUCAUCACUGGCCAUAGGACUAGGCUAUCAGGCAACACUAUCGAAGCUUUGAUUUGUUUCCAAGAUUGGCUUAGAGAAGCAGGUGCAUCUUACUUGGACAUCAUAAGGAUUGACAGCUUGAGUGAUAUUAUUGAAGAACCUGGAGCUGCAUAACUUUGUUGCAGGAAGUUGCUGUUUUUAUAUCAUUCUUUGUUUCUGCUUUACUCCAUGAGCUAUGAGUUGUUGUUCCUUGCCGCAUACUCAAGUUCUGGGCUUUCUUAGAAUCAUGUUGCAGAUUCCCUUAUGUGCCUUCUCUUGUAUUACCAUGAUGUGAUGAACAGGAUCAACUAGACAACAUAAACUUCUGCAACUACCGUGAUGUAUAUCAUUUUAUCAUGUGUAUGAUAGCUAGCCUUCACUAGUAGAAAACAAGCCAAAGUUCCACUCUAAAAGUACCAGUACCGGUUCAUCUUCAUACCGGUACUUUUGGAGUUGAUGGAAUCUACGGAUGAGGCUUAGGUACCAGUUGGUUACCAACCGGUACUAACCAACUGGUACCUAAGGCUCACCAUAGGUAUCGGGUGGUAAUUUUUACAUUAGUACCAGGUGGCACCAUCAACCGGUACCUAUGGAUGAGCCUUAGGUACCGGUUGGUGUUACCAACCGGUACCUAAGGCUCAUCUAAGGGUUACUUCAAAAGGAAAAUAUCUUUUUUCCCAUCACAAGUGAUGUGUAGGUGAGAUGGUAAAGAAGGUACACGUGAUGCAAGAGGUCUCAAGUUUGAAUCCCAGCCACCACCCGCAUGCAUAUUUUUGACAAAAAUGAGUGCCUUAGGUACCGGUUAUUUUACCCGGUGUUAAAGUCAAGAGUCUUUAGUCUCGGUUUUGGGGUACCGGUUGGAAAAACCGGUACAUAAGGCCCUUCUCAACCGGUGCCUAAGGGCCUUUUUCUAGUAGUGCUUGUCUCACUCUUGUAUCUGCAUAAGCUUCAUUCUGGUGAGGUUCUACAUGUAACUGUAAUGGAAAUAUUAUUCCCCUUUCUGCACUGGUAGUGCCACCUGCUGACCUGCUCAUGAUGCUAGUAUAACAUCAUUUGGUGUCUUGCAUGGAUUAAAGUUAAGUAUCUCUGUAAUCUGAACGUAGAUCUGUGAUGCCAUCUGGUACUCCAUCUUGUAUCUGUACAUAAACUCUGCUGUUUUAGACUUGAGUAAAUUGUAUCUUGCAAGGUA